ACACACACACACCCAAGUGAAGUCACACUCUUUGCUUGCUUUUCCCUCUUUUCUUUUUCCAUCAUUAUUACACUCUGCACUCUUCUGUCAACAAAACCCUACAUUUUCAAAUCUAGGGUUUUGUUUUCUUAAUGCGUUACAGCUAUGACUCCUGAACUACCCACUUUCAUUUUUUUCAGUUUUCUCUCUUCAAUCUAACCUCCUCAAUCUCCUACAUUUCCCCUCUUUCAUGGGUUUUCAAUGUUGCUUCUGUUUCACCUUAAAAAUCCAUUCUUUUUAGAUCCCCUUUGUGUUUUCUCUGCAUAUUGUUACAAAAUCUAGUCUUUUCUUUUCAUCACUGUCAAAAGUUCAUUUUUUUCAUCUGGGUUCUUAGUUUAAGUGUUAAAAAAAAUUGGGGUUGAAGAGGGAUAGUUAGUGUUUUAGUGUAUUUAUCAAAGUUAAGAUUUUUUCUUAGUUAAUGCAUGGAUGAUAGAGAAGCUAUGGCAUUCUCUGAUGGGUCAGGUUCAUAUUACAUGCAUAGAGGAGGAGGGGUUGGUGGGUCAGGUAGUGGAGGAGUGUUUCAACAGACACCUCCUGGGUUUAGAGCUUUUUCUAAUGCUCAUGGUGGUUCUGAUGGUUCUGCAUAUUCAGUAGAGGUUCAACAUGGUAGUUUUAGUCAUGGUGGUGGUGUUAGCAAUAGCAUAGGUUCAGCUUCUGGUGCUGUAGUGUCUUAUUCAGGUGAGCAGCCUGUGAAAAAGAAAAGAGGGAGGCCUAGAAAGUAUGGUCCUGAUGUACCUGUUUCUUUGAGACUCUCUCCUAUGUCUGCAACUGCUAAUUCCACUCCUGAUUCGGAGAAACGGCCGAGAGGGCGCCCUCUUGGAAGUGGAAGGAAGCAACAACUAGCUUCUCUAGGUGAAUGGAUGAACACUUCUGCUGGACAGGCUUUUUCACCCCAUGUUAUCACGAUUGGAGUUCAGGAGGACAUUGUAGCAAAGCUGUUGGCGGUUUCACAACAUAGACCACGCGCUUUAUGCAUCUUAUCGGGAACUGGGACUGUAUCUUCAGUCACUCUGCGCCAGCCUGCUUCUACUAGUGUCAGUGUUACAUAUGAGGGGCGAUUCCAAAUAUUAUGCUUAUCUGGUUCUUACUUGGUUGCUGAAGAUGGUGGACCUCAAAAUAGAACUGGUGGCAUUAGUGUUUCCCUUUCUAGUCCGGAUGGUCAUGUUAUCGGUGGUGGUGUUGCUAGGCUUAUUGCUGCAAGCCCUGUCCAGGUGGUACUUUGCAGUUUUGUAUAUGGUGGCUCUAAGCCGAAGACAGCAAAACAAGGGACGACUACAAAAGAUGACGAUGAUUCAGAGCCUCAGAGUAGUGACAAAUUAGCUUCUCCGGGAAGUGCACCACCUAAUCAAAACUACACAGCUUCUGGAACAGAAAUGUGGCUUGGAUCGAGGUCAGGAGAUGUGAAAAAUGCACAUCACACUGGUAUUGACUUGAUGCAUGGGUGAAAGUUUAUUCAAGAAGAGAUAUUGUUGUAAUUACAUUUAUCUGUUGUAAAUCAACUGAAUUUGUGAGCAUUGUGACUCUACUUGUUAGCACUAACAUGUGGUGUAACAAAUUAAUGAAUCAUUUUAGGGGCAAGUAACAAUCUUGACUUGUGCAAAGAAAAAAAUGUUUAGGUUAAAUAGAGGCUAGUUCUUUCCGAUUAUUAAUGCUUAUCUUGACUCAUCAAACUAGUCAGAUUAUUAAUGAAGGUUGAUUUGUUUGAA